AUGGCUCGCAUUCUUCUUGUUGCGAUCUUGGGGCUCCUGAGACUUUCGGGCGCCGUGGACGUCAAGCAUCAGGCUGUCGAGGCCUCCGAUGCGAGACAUGCCAGUGAGAACCACGAAGAGAUGGAGGUGCAGGCAGAUGGAUCUGCGAAGGCGAUGAUGCGGCGAGAGAAGGGCUCUGAGAAGGAGGCCGGCGACCCAACACAGACGACUACCGUCUUCGAGGAGGGCGUCGGAACAGAUACGACAUCAGGAUCAAGCAGCGGUGACGAAGAAGAAGAAGGCGAGAACGAGGAGUCGCUGCUGCGCACGGACAAAGAGCUUCAGCGGACGAAGUCUGACCCAGACGAAAGCGAAGGCUCCGACGAGGAGGAGUCGGACGAGGAGACUACCACAACCGAGCAGUCUGACGAUUCAGAUGAUGGAGACGGGCUUCCUGAGGGUGAGGACCUGGCGUCUACAGGGAGUUCGAAGAGCACUCGCUCUGAUGAGACCAAGGACAAGGCCGAGAAGACCAAAGGCGAGGAGGACACCGAGGAGAGCGAUUCCGAUGAGGAGAGCCAGGGCGCCGAAGAAGAUGCUUCGGACAGCAUGAGCUCAGUGGAGAUGGAAGGCUUCUCCACCAAUGCGGGCCCGCACCACAAGGCGAAAGCCGCUCGAAGCGCAGGCCAUCCCACGGACAGGCACAGUGCACCUCACAGCAAAGUGGAGAGCAGGCAUCGGGAAGCGCCAGUGAAGGCCACAGCAAAGCAUGCAAGUGGCAAGCACAGUGCCGAUAAGCAGCCGGAGAAGCACAAAGUCGAAGCCCAGACUAAGGCCGAAAUCAAGUCGCAUGCGACGCACAAGAUGCAACGGAAGAAAGAUUCGGCCAGCCUCCAGGAAGCCGACACCACGCAGACGACAACAUACUACUUCACUCUGGUUGCCAGCAACAAGUACUGUGCGAAUGCCAACUCUGGCUACAAGACGAACGUGGGCAACUACCAGACAAAGGCAUGCUUUGAGUAUGUUCUCAACGAAGCUUCUUGCGGCAAGUUCUUCGACUUCGGGGUCGUCGACGGAGCAUGCGAUUGCGUGCCAAAGGUAGAAACCAACUGCAACCAGGCAGAUGCCGACAACUACCAUGUGUAUUUGAUUCAGAAAGGAGGCCCUGAAGCCCUGACCGAGAUGGAUGAUCAGGGCAAAGCAACUGAGGAGGUCAUUGGCGAUCCUGCUGAUCAUGGUGAUCCUUCCGAUGACUGA